GAAAGGUGUUGGCUUGCAAUGGUGGGCUGCACUUUGCGUGGCAGUCCGCUGGGGCGCGUCAAUCCGGGAAAUUCGGCGAGGAUGGCGUGGUACGGCGAAUGAUUGUCAACACUGAGUACCUUGAUGCUUGGCUGUUGGGCGGUCGUUCGUUGGCCUGGUGUGGAAUGCCCCCGUUGUCCCGUCGAUAAGGAGGCGAUAAGGAGGAAAGACUGCGUACGCAACAUCGCCCGCCAAGUCCAAGAAGACCUCCGUCCACGAUUUGUCUCGGAAGCCAUGGACGUGGUGUCUACCACUGCAUCUGGUUCUCGUAUGCCACCUAGCAUUCUUCCAGUGAUGAACAAUAUAAAUAUGCUAGGUAAUGGUUUGCUUGUUCUUGAGUCAGACAAAGAAGGUUUUUUAGUCGUUUUAGACCAGGGAAAGUACAAUGAAAAGGCACAGGCCGCCGUAGAGAAUAACUUUUCAUGCGUCUCAGAAAACGCUGAGAGGAUUAGAAAACAAGCUGUGUCUCUGUUGAACGACGCACGACUUGAUUAUCUUGUCAAAGACAUUAAAAAAGCCAAAGAGAAAACGCUGGGAAUAUUUUUUAGUGUUAAAACACAUAAGUUAGAUAUGCCCUUUCGCUCCAUAGUGUCUGAAAGAAAUACCUGGCAAAGCGUUGUGUCGUCAUACCUUCAAAAGAAUUUGUCCUGCCUAAAGCUGGAAGACCCGUACUUCAUUUCUAGCUCAUCUUGUUUGGUUCAGCACUUGGAGAUGCAGUCUCUAAAGGGUUGUGCCGCCCUGAGCGUGGACGUGGAGGAUUUGUUCUUUUCAUUACCGCACAAUGAACUAAUGGAAAGUGUUAAGAUUUGCAUUUCACAGUUCAAUGACGUAUUUCAGCUCAGGGCUAGGAGCGGCGUUUCGCUAGAAUCCUUCCUGAAAAUCCUGUCCAUGUACCUAAAAUCUACCGUUAUUGGUUGGCAAGAUAAAGUUUUGCGUCAAAAAUCAGGCGUUUGCAUCGGAUCAAAAGUUCCACCCGUGUUAAGCGAUAUCUUUUUGAGCCGCAUUAACAGGAAACUUAGCCGCGGCCUUGGCGAUGGUAUUCGCCAUGUCUGUAGGUAUGUGGAUGAUUACCUGGUGAUCUUCGAUAACAACCAUGAUUACCAUCAGAUGACCGACAGUAUUAUAAAAUGUUUUCAAGAAUGUGGGUAUGGCCUACGGUUCACCACUGAGUUCAUGGAGCAGCAGCAGCUGCAGUAGCUUGAUUUACGCUUGCUGUUCACUCCACAGCAUGUAUGCUGGAAAUACCACCCGAGAUCUAAAAAACCGUUGUUGCAUGGUAUUUCAGCCCACUCUAAACUCAUCAAAAACGGCAUUAUUUCUUCUACCUUGUGUUCUUCACUCAAAAAGUCAUGCCAACAUCAGGUUCAAGAUAGCUUCAAUCGCCAGCUCCUUAGACUGAAGACGGCUGGUUAUGGCAAUGCUGCGAUCACUACUGCAUGUAAUAAGCUCAUUAAAUGGGUCAAGAAAGACAACGCGGAAGCAUGUGAUGAGCGCAAAAGUGGCGCCAGCAAAUUCUCUGGUGUGCCAUAUCUGCAUCGCUUUUCCCAUGGUCUAAAAAAUGUUUCUAACCGGGGGUGCUAUUCUGGACUUCCGCCAUUUUCUGUCAAAUUUGACGUAGGCGUGACGUAUACACAAUGAUGACGCAAACGCAUGAAAUGCUUGCGAAACGUGACGUGAAGGGGACAUAAGAUGCAAAGAAACGUGCAAUUAAAUAGUUCUUUGUAUCUGAAAUUGUUAAUGCAACAACAAAAAAUAAAAGAAAAGUGAAGCGUUUAGUUUUAAAGUUGUGAAGCAGACGAUAUCGUCUGCAAUUUAGCGCCAUAUUUAGAGAUGAGCGACAAAGCCAUAGUAACUUUUUUAGCCAAUAAGCGAGCCAGCCAAGCCAGCGUCGAGAUUGCCGACAUCGUUAUUUCGCUGGUUGUUUUGUGUAGGUGUUCUGUGGUUAUGUCGGCAGAUCGCCGAACAGUGGGCCGCGAUGUUGCAUUUUUUUACCGAUCGUCCCCGUAUGGGGAGGGUGGUUUGCGACUUACUACCGAAGGUACGACGGGAGCCGUGACAGACGAUGACAGAGCGCCUUUACCGCCUGGGCCCCAGCAGCAAGCCGCCGCCGGAGUGGCGGUGGCUAUGGCGAACUAAAGUGGCGGCAGCUCGAGCUCGAGGCGCGGAAUGACGGUGCAGUCAGGAGAACAGGCGGAGGGCCGUUCGAUUUGGCGACGCACGUUUCGGUGGACGACGCCCGCAUCGUUACAAGUAUGCGCGUCGACCCCGUCUUGGGCUGCGGUGGCCCUUCGUUCCCAGGGCCCGCGGCGUCCAGAAGCGCUGCCGAUAGUAUAGAGAUAAGGAGCUGCACAGCAUUGCAAGUAUUAAUAAUGCCCCUUCUGUUCCUUCUGUCUUUUUUGUUGCGGUGGCUGUUCCGCGUCUAGUUUAUCUUAAGUAAUGUGCCAACUAGCCCAACAGCCAGCUGAGUUAUUUAUAACGUCUCCGAUGCGCGAAGUAUCUUUCUGAACUGUCGUGAUCAUUAAGAUGAUGCUAUAUGUUUUGCUGAGGAUGCGUGUGGACUAGUGUAAGUAAAAGUUACAAUCAUGUAAAUAUACAUAAGCAGAAGCAAUAAGAGUUAAGUUUCAGGACCUCACGUUACGCGCGAUCAGUUGAAUCUGAAAGAUAAAGUCUGGGCGAAUCUCAAUCCACAGAAGUGAUGCAUCUCCGAAGGUGUUAACUGUGGAAGGUACUUCCACGUUGCUUACAACAUACGGAUAAGAAGUGCAUAAUGGCCACAGAUAAAGAAGAGGAAUUGUAGUAUUUCAUGCAGUUGAUGUUACAUUGGACUGGCAGCACUAAGAAGUGUACAAACUGCAUUCAAAGAGAUGUCUUUUAUGCAGAUGUGCUGGUUUCAAAAACUGGCUGGUACAAUAUUAGAGGCAUUCUUUGUUGUUGUUGGCAGCAGUGAAUGAUAAGACAAUGAUGUAAGCAAUGAGACAACUUGACUCCUUUUUAUUAUUGCAAGGAUGAUGAAUUGACUCACAAUGAUGAAUUGACAGAAGAAGAUCAAUUGACUCACAAUGCAUUCUGAAAUAUCAUGUAUUACUCUUGCAUGUAAACUUUUAUAGUCCACCAGAGAAACCAGGACAGAAAGUAGCUACACAGUGCUGUGCCCACGUUGCCCCGUUCGGUACUGGUUCGUUUUGUGCCUAUAAGCGUUUACAUAGAUUACCAACCACAGCAAGCUUGUGCUCUUGCAUGUACGAGUGGCUACUACAUGAAUAGAGCUUUUGUACACACCUGCCAGACUCGUACAGUCAUCACACGGGUUCGCAUUGUGAAUAAAGUGCUGAAAACAAUGCUCUGGAAUGGCAUUCAAUGUUGCAUGCAGUGCUGCAAAAUAACACAGGCUGUUUACAGAGUCACUAUGGUCUCAACAAACUAGUCCUCCUAUGAUUUGCGGCAGAAGCUGAGCAAGCUUUUGCCUAACUGCUUGGUACAAUUAGCAUGCUCUCAAUGAACGAACACAAUGAAGCUUUUAACAGAAUACAAUUCCUACAAGAACACAACUACAGAGGAUAGGUAUAGGAUCGAACACAAUGCAAGUGGCUACUUUGUCAUGGGAAACAGCAAGAGCUUCUUGUGUUUCACGUUUCUGUGCACAUCUCGCAGGAAUGUAAACCCCAUUACAUCGAGUCGUGCCCAGCUGUGAACCACUACAGAGCGUGAUCCUGCCUUUGCCUACCCGCCUGGUACAUGUCCACUGCAGCCGUAUCGUCGCUAUUGUUGUUGUAAAGGUCCGCAUAUUCUCAUUCGAGUUCUUCAGUGCAAGGGAUGUCUUCUGGCUCAGGCAGCUGCUGCCAAACACCGAGGUUGUGAAGCACGACACAAACUGCGAUGAUCUUCGACGUGAAGAGUGGGCCAUAGUACAGUGUUCUGUACCUCUGCAAGCACCGAAAGUGGGCCUUGAGGACUCCAGUGCACAGUUAUACGACACACCGCAGUGAAGAGUGGGUGUGGUGGAAUCGGGCAGCAGAGGAUUCUGCAGGAUGUGCUCCAGGGAUGGGGUUAAGCAGCCAAGGUUGAAGCGAGUAUGCACUAUCACCUGUGGAGGACAGUGUUCCAAUUAGCAUAAUAUGAAUGUAUACAUGAAUAUUUACUAUUCUUUUCUCACUUCUUUUAACUUAUUCGAAGACAUCGUGUCACUGAUAUGCACUGCUUUCCUUUUUUUUACAGCUAGACAUAUUGACAGAAUUGCUUGUCUGGUUAGGUUACAUAAUUACGGCUUUUGAAAUGCUCCAACGAAAAAAUGGCUUUAUCAAGUCAAUUCCUUCGUCAGGAGGAAUGACAACGAAGCUACUGCAACCUUUACCUUCUUUCAUAGAGAAGAAGGGGCGAGUGACAGAAGGCGCACCUUCUUUGGUGGGAAGGGUGUUGUGCUUUCUUUUGAUUGCAUGGGACUGAUGUGCGGCUGCAGACGGUCAGCGCACUCAAGGCUUGGUUUCCCUUAGUUUUUUUUUUGUGCUUAGGCCGUCAAUGAAAAGUGACAGCAGGUUUCUUUUGCAACCGUUUGAGUUGUUUUCUAGUGCUUUUUAUGAACCAUGACUGAAAAAACCUUUGAGUUGCCAGUUCACUUAUUUUAUUGCUAUAUAGCACAUGGCUGUGCUUGCUUAUUUGUAUUUUUUAUGCAAGUUGUCCUUUCUACACAUUAUUGUAUUUAUGAAUGUACAACAUCUAUGGCAGUUGUAUUUGAUGUAUUCUUUUUUUUAACAUAGCCUCAGAGUGUAGCAUUUCCUGUGUCAUCGUAUGCUUACUAUUUAUUAUUU